GAAAGUAAUAUAUUCAAUUACAAAUUGCUAUGAAUUGUCUUUCUAUUAUUACCAUCCACGAUGGGUUACCGUAUCAUUGCUUUUGUUUUAGUGGUAUUUUUAUUUGGAACAUCGACGGUCGCAAAUCAUAGAAAAUGUGGAUGUUUGAAAGGUUAUCAGAUUGCAGCUUGUAAUGCAGUAUUCAGCCCGAGGGCAAUGGAAGUGAAUUGCUGUCAUCCAAUGAAAAUUUUAGUGGACGCGAAUAAUCAGUGCCUGGGCGAACUAGAUACUGAUAAAUUUACUUGUGCGGUAUCAAAAUGUGCAACAGAGAAGUUUAAAAUAAGAACAGGAGACGACAUAGAUCUAGAAAAGGUAAAAUCGGUGAGUCAGAGAAUUGGCGACAACGAUCCCGAGACCUUACCACCGAUUGAAGAAAUAAAGAAAAACUGUUUGGACGAUCGCUACCUACGUUUUGUUACUAGCGACUCUUGUUGUGAUACUAUGAAAUUUCAAGUCUGCGCCUACGUUAGCGCUCUGAUGGGUUGUCAGAAGUUUUACACUCACCCGCACAGAUGUAGGAGGCUGGCAAUAAAUGUGGCUAUUUGCAAGCCGGUCCUUCAAGACUACUUGAACUACAUCAAUGGAAGUAUCUCUUGCUGAUGCCAAGUAAAGGAUUCCUAAACUUUUCUAUUUAAAGUGAAUAUAUCUGUAAAUAUAUCUGUUUCCAGUCACAUCAUUGUUCAUUAUUUAA